GAGCCUCAGCCUCUCACCUACCAACCAAAUAAGAAAAUGAGAUAGCAGAGAGGAGAGUGAAAUGAAAUGAAUCACAGAAUCAAUAAAAGAAAAGUGAGGCCCAUUCUCCCUCUCUUACUUCCUCCAUCAUUUCCUCCACUUCACUCAGAGUGACAAUGUCAAUGUCAAUGGCAUCAUCAUCCUUAACCCUGUCAUCACCAACUUCCCUCUCAUCUCUCUCCUCCGCGCGCCACCAUAUCCUGCGCACCCACAUUAACCUACGCACCUCCACCAACAACAUACACAAACCCCUCUCUCUCACCGUCAGGGCCCUCUCCGCCCCUGCCCUCACCCAAGACGACCUCAAGAAGCUCGCCGCCGACAAAGCCGUCGAGUACGUCAAGUCCGGCAUGGUCCUCGGCCUCGGCACCGGCUCCACCGCCGCCUUCGUCGUCGCCAAGCUCGGUCAACUCCUCUCCACCGGUCAACUGUCCAACAUCGUCGGCGUCCCUACCUCCAAGCGCACUGAGGAGCAGGCACGCUCUCUCGGAAUCCCUCUCUCUGUCCUCGACGACAAUCCCCGCCUGGAUCUCGCCAUCGACGGCGCCGAUGAGGUGGACCCCGACCUCAACCUUGUAAAAGGCCGCGGCGGCGCUCUUCUCCGCGAGAAGAUGGUGGAGGCCGCCUCCGACAAGUUCGUUGUGGUGGUCGACGACACGAAGCUCGUGUCAGGACUCGGCGGUAGCGGUCUUGCGAUGCCGGUGGAGGUGGUGCAGUUCUGCUGGAAGUACAAUCUGGUUCGGCUUCAGGAGUUGUUCAAGGAAGAAGGUUGCGACGCUAAGCUGAGAUUGGAUGAGGGUGGCAAACCCUACGUCACCGAUAAUUCGAAUUACAUCGUUGAUUUAUACUUCAAGACUCCGAUCAGGGACGCUCUUGCUGCCGGAGCUGAGAUAUCGGCGCUGGAAGGAGUGGUGGAGCACGGGCUGUUCUUGAACAUGGCCACCUCCGUCAUCAUUGCCGGCAAGACUGGCGUUGAAAUCAAGGACAAGUGAGUGAGCGAGCGAGUGAGUUCUGUCAUUUCAUCUUUCAUUUGAAUUUGAAUUUCAUUUCGGGGUAUUUUUGUUGAAUGGAAUGUACUUAUAGUUUAGGGGAUAAUAACUCAUGCGAUUAAAUCAAUCAAUUGAUGAAUAUAAUAACAAGAAUGGAGUGUAAAGAGGAGGAAUGUAAUGUGAGACAAUUUUCUUCUGA